AUGGGGUCGCUCAGGCAGUACCAGGCGGUCGCUCGUGGCCCCGUGCCGCCGCCUACGGCCCCGCCGUUCGACGGUGCCGGCCGCGACUACGGCCACGGCGUCUUCGAUCCCAAUGGCUUGGAGGGGUCGAUGCCGUCGGUCGGGAAUGCGGUCCUCGAUGCCGUUCGUUUGGACGUUUGGAAAGUGGCACCGUCGGUCCUCAUCGAACUGGACCAGCUCCAAAUCGACGAGCGUUGCAUGCGGUCGGUCGCGAACCUGGCCGGCCACAGUGACGAUGGGGCGAAGUUCGUGCGGGAGCUCUUCCAGGUCAUUCAGCGCGAGAACUCCGACCGCUCGCAGUACGACAACCCGGCGGCCGCCAUCACCUCGGCCGUUCGUAAGGAGCUGGACCGCCUUCGCCCAAACAUUGCAGGACUGCCGGGCAGCAGCGGCGACCGCCCUCCGGCGAACCUCGGGCCACAUGCUCGGGCGGUCAAUCGAGGGACUCCACCUGGUCCGCCGCCCCGAGAUUUCGUGGACGAUCGCCGUCCUUUCUACGACGAUCGUCAGUUCUACGACGAUCGUCGUGGCUAUGCUCCGGACGAUCGUCGUUAUGAUCCUCGGGACGAUCGCCGCUAUGGCCCUCCUCCGGACGAUCGCCGUGACGAUCGUUACGACGAUCGCGAUCGUCGUCCCUAUGGCCCACCGGACGAUCGCCGUGACGAUCGUUGGGCGAACUAUCGCCCCCCGGGCCGCCGCCACUACGAGGAUGACGAGCGGCUCUCGGACCCGGGGCACCCCAGUCGUCCGGCGCCUCACUGGCUGGACCGUCGUGGCGAGCCCGCACCAGGGCCACAUGAUCGUUGCUCCACCAUUUUGCCACAGCGGCCGUUCGUGGAGCCAAAUUUUGGCGACAACCGGGCACGUGCCCGUGCCAUGCAAAGCAGCCGAAAAAGGUGCUGGGCCGUUCGAUGUCGAAGCAGGCCGGUUCUGGAGAAGCGGGCGAGCAUGGGCAACAAGAGGGCGGUUGCCGUUCGCAAGCAGCAGGAGAAGGCGGCCGUCCGGAGGAGGCAGAAGGAAGAGAAGCUCGCCAAGCGUAACGAGAAGACCUUCGCCAAGAGCUUGGCCAACUUCCACGAGUCGUCGUUCGAGCGAGCCAGGGCGUUCGUCGACAGCCAGCUCGACGAUAACCCGGCUUGGAUCCGCCCUCUGGCGGAUCUAAUCCGGGAUGGCGCCCUCCAAGCCUUGCUGAAGUCUCCCGGGGCGACCGGCGAUCAGUCAGGCAGAUCGGCGGGUCCAGAGAAAUGGGUCGGGAAGGCCAAGUCGUUCGGCGAGUUGCCCGACGAAGUCAAGGUCUUCAUGCUCGAGGCCAUCGGCGUGCGAAUGUCCGAGACGGGGGUUCCGGCGGACGUUCUGAACGGCUUCUUCUCGAUUCAGUUCUUCGUCCACGAGGACGUCCCAUUGCCUGCAGGGUCUAGGUCGUUCGAGGUCUUGGAGAAGCUGGCCAAGGAGCGGUUCGCUGCCUUGAACAACCACAAGGUGGCCCCGUCCGUCGACAAGGACUUCGACGGCAACGCUGGGCACUCGACGACGGUUCCGUGA